CCUAUAAUUAUAGUAAAAUUGCGGCAUUCGUAUUAAAAUUGGCAAGUAUAUGAUGAUGAAAAUCUUCAAGAAAUUAAAUCAUAAUGUUUGUAAACAAAUAUUUUACAAAGUUCAGUAUCGUUCAAAUUGAGUUUUAAGAAAAGACGUGUAACAGGUUCGUAUACAUAACACCCAAGGUCUCAAAAGCCGACAAUUUGUAAUAAAUGUGCAUUGACAAAAAUGGGAACCAAAUCGAAUUUAGAAUUGGAGGAACUAGCAUUCGCAAGUACGCCGACACAACAAAUGGCAGCAUCAUGUUGUGGAGCCCUUAUAACUUCAUUAUUUAUGACUCCUUUAGAUGUCAUCAAAAUCAGAAUGCAAGCACAACAGAAACCAAUAUCAAACAAAUGUUUUCUAUUCUGUAACGGCCUAAUGGAACAUCUAUGUCCAUGUAACCCACCAUCUGGCCCCAGAAUAAAUCCAGGUAAAAGCUUUAACGGUACAGUAGAUGCCUUUAUAAAAAUAUCAAAAGCUGAAGGCUUAAGCACUUUAUGGUCCGGCCUGGCUCCAACAUUAGUAUUAGCUGUGCCUGCAACUGUGGUAUACUUUGUACUCUAUGAACAACUAAAAGUCAAGUUGAUGAGUACAGAGAUAAAAACAUAUUUUUUAUCUAAAGAUGUAAAUGAAACCCCUGGGUGGGUUCCACUAUUGGCUGGAUCAUCAGCAAGAGUUAUAUCAGCUAUGUGUGUUAGUCCACUAGAAUUAGUAAGAACCAAAAUGCAAUCAAAAAAAUUAAGUUAUGAUGAACUAAGAAUGGCUCUUCAGCACCUCCUUCAAAAUCAAGGCCCCAAAGGACUAUGGAAAGGACUCGGAGCAACACUCCUGCGAGAUGUACCAUUUUCAGCAAUCUAUUGGACCACAUAUGAAAAUUAUAAAAGAAUUUGGUGUUCUCCAGAUUCUCCCCCAUAUUUUUAUUUUGUUGGAGGCGCUAUUGCUGGAUGUUUAUCAGCAUUGUUUACUGUGCCUUUUGAUGUUGUUAAGACCCACCAACAAAUAGAUAUUGGAGAAAAAGAGAUCUACUCUCAAAAACCUCAACCAAGCGCAAAUACUUUCACCAUAAUAAGAAGUAUAUAUGACCAGAAAGGAGUCAAGGGCAUGUUUGCUGGACUAACACCAAGACUCGUAAAAGUUGUACCUGCAUGUGCUAUUAUGAUAGGCUCCUUUGAAUAUGGUAAAUUGUUUUUUAUGAAUUACAAUAGACGAAAUACUUUACUUUUAAAUAGUGAUGAUCAAGAUGUAAAUAUUCCCCCCAUAACGACUAAUUAAAUAUAGUCUAGUUCAAUUGUGUUGUUACUUGGUGAUAGUUAGAUGCAUGUAUAAAUGACUUAUGUAUAUAAUAUAUUUUUAUAAAAAGAUGUAACAUGUUAUAAUUACUAAUGAUAAUUGUUCUAAAACGUAAUACCUAAUUU